CUAUUGAAAAGUCAGAUAAGAUAUUUUGAGGGGCCAUUGGACAACACACAAUUGGCUUUUUGGGCAAUGGUUAUUCAGGUGAAAUCGGAGGCCAUCAUUAUGCUUUGCAAUAAUAUUGAACAGGUCGUCAUACAUAAAUCGACAUAUUCGCAUUUAAGCGUUCAACACGUAAAAUACUGCACAUUUGAAUUUCAGGGUAAGUUUAAGUGCUCACAAUACUAUCCGCGUGAAAAGGGAGAAACAAUGACAUUUGGAGAAGGACCGGGAAAGAUAGUCGUGACCAAUCUGGAUGUCCAACCUAUGUCAGAAGAAGAUAAUUUUGUGAGAAUAUGCCGUCUAAAGAUAGAUUACCAAAAAGAUGGCAAAGAAGAAAGUUCGAAUGUUAAGCACAUCCAGUGGGAAAAUUGGCCAGAUAGAGGAGUUCCACCAACAAAACUUACGGCUACGAACAUCUUGAGUGAAGUACGGGGAACGACGAAACCAAUCAUUGUGCACUGUUCAGCGGGUAUUGGUAGAACAGGAACAAUCGUAGCCAUCGCAUACGUGCAAGAGAAGAUGCAACAUGGGGUAACGCUUGCGUCUUUCAAAGAGAACGUUACGACUGAAAUUUUUGUGUAA